UUGUUCCAACGGAAUCGAACCCUUAGAUCCUCUGAUUCCCCUCCCCCGCCAAAAAUAAAAACCCUAAUCAGCUCUAGAGUUCUAUUCUCGCUGCCGUUCGCCGGAGAACCCAUCCCAACACAGAAAAGGAAAGAAAAAUGCAAGCCUCUGCUUUCAUUCACCGCCAUCAAUUCUACCUUCCUCACAUUUCCUGCUCCUCCUCAUCUCUCCUCAACUCGGAUGCAUCUCGCCGGAGUUCCACCGUCCGCAUGGCUCUCAAGGAGGAUGGACCCUCGCUCGCCGUCGUCGGCGUGACCGGUGCCGUUGGACAGGAAUUCCUGCAAGUGCUAUCCGACCGCGAUUUCCCCUAUCGAAGCAUACGGAUGCUUGCCAGCCGCCGUUCCGCCGGCCGCAGCCUUACCUUUGAGGGCCGGGAGCACAAGGUCGAAGAGCUUGUGCCAGAAAGCUUUGAUGGCAUUGACAUCGCGCUAUUCAGCGCCGGCGGAUCCGUCAGUCGCGAAAUGGCGCCUGUCGCCGUCCAGCGGGGCGCGUUCGUUGUGGACAAUAGUUCUGCUUUUCGGAUGGAUCCUGGAGUUCCUCUGGUCAUUCCGGAAGUUAAUCCGGAUGCCAUGGCGCAUAUUAGUCUCAGGAAGAAAGGAAAUGAGGGGGCGAUUAUUGCUAAUCCGAAUUGCUCGACGAUUAUCUGCCUGAUGGCGGCCACACCACUUCAUCGUCAUGCAAAGGUGAUACGCAUGGUGGUGAGUACAUAUCAAGCAGCGAGUGGUGCUGGUGCUGCCGCAAUGGAAGAGCUUGAACUGCAGACUCGUGAGGUUUUGGAUGGCAAGCAGCCCACCUGUAAAAUAUUUAAACAGCAGUAUGCAUUUAAUCUAUUCUCUCAUAACGCCCCAGUUCUCUCAAAUGGGUACAAUGAGGAGGAGAUGAAGUUAGUGAAGGAAACAAGAAAAAUAUGGGAUGAUUUGGAUGUUAAGGUGACAGCUACCUGCAUAAGGGUUCCUGUCAUGCGUGCACAUGCUGAAAGUAUUAAUCUUCAGUUUGAAAAGCCACUGGAUGAGGACACUGCAAGGCAAAUUCUUAAAGAAGCUGCUGGUGUGGUGAUUAUUGAUGACCGCAGUUCUAAUCUCUUCCCAACUCCGUUGGAGGUAUCAAAUAAGGAUGAUGUAGCGGUGGGUCGAAUUCGGCAGGAUUUGUCUCAGGAGGGCAACCAUGGGUUGGACAUAUUUGUAUGUGGAGAUCAGAUACGCAAAGGGGCGGCGCUCAAUGCGGUACAGAUUGCAGAGAAGUUGCUAUGAUCAAUGUAUCAUAUCAUUCUUCACUCUUCAGGCAGGACUAUUUGAUUCUCUUCUCUGUUUUUUUAUGAGGACGUAAGCGAAUGUUGUUCUAUUC